CCAACGGGAAACACAGUGGUCUGCGGCUGGAAACAUCACUCUUGAGUUGAACACCACAAUGCAGCAGACUGGAGGAGAGGCUCAACGACCGCACACGUCACACAAUAGGGGCUCGCCCAGCUAUAAAAAUGUGAGAUGUAUGCGCCAGCCUUCCCUCUCUCCAUCCCUCCCUCUCACACACAGUCAUCAGAGUAUGAGAAGGCUGUGACUGACUGGACCUACUACACACAGGACUGGACUACUACAUUGGGCUACUGCAGCAGCCAACACUGAUGACCUGAGGUACACACUUCUGAUACCUCUGUCUGCACGCUACAGCACUUACCAGGAGAGCAGCACUAUGACCAAGAAGGUGUUCACCAACACACGGGAGCGCUGGCGGCAGCACAACGUCAACACUGCCUUCACUGAGCUCCGCAAGCUCAUCCCCACCCACCCGCCAGAGAAGAAGCUGAGCAAGAACGAGAUCCUGCGGCUGGCCAUGCGCUACAUCAACUUCCUGGUGCAGUUGCUGGAGAGCCAGAGUGGUCAGCCGGCCUCGCACUCCCCAACUGCCCUGCUCACCUUCCUCAGGGGCAACGUGGAACGUCUCCACUCCUCCUCCAGGACCUGGGGCCUGGCCAGCGACACUGACGCCCCCUCCCCUGGAUCAAGCUGUGACAGUACCGAGGCCUGGUAGUGUGCCUGCUGCAGUUUCCUCUGAUGGGUGAUCAUCAUCUACCACUCCCUGGGGUAAAACUGUCUGUCACCAUACCCCCACCCAUAAACUCCAUUUUAGCUCUGCAACACUUGAGGGGGACAGUGUUGGUGGUGAUGGCAAGCAGAGGAUGUUUGUGUGGUGUUUGUGGGUGAUGCUGUCCCUGCUGAAAUAAAGAGAUGGAGAUGGAUGUAUUUAGCUACACUUGUAUGUUUGAAAUUAUGACGGGAUGAUGGGAGCCUUGUGAAAUGUAAUCUGUUAUCUGCAUGGAUGUACCGGUAGCUUGGAUGUAUUCCCAUCUUCAUGUCUGACAUGUAUGUUCAUCCUGUCAGUGGUGAAAGAUGUCUGCAUCAAAAAUGUUUCGUUUUGAAAUGAGAAAUAAGGAUGCAUUAAGGCCAUGAAGGACAAUUUAAAGGAUUAAGAAAUAGAAAAUGUCAAGGAUUUUGUUUUUUUGGGGGGGGGGGUAAUUUCAGGAAAGAUAAAGUCUUGUCCAAUUCACCAAGGACGGCAAUCCAAUUACAAAAGCCUAUGGAGAUUUGUUUUUUGUGUGCUGAAUCUCUGAUUCUGACCUUGCUUAUUUGCAAAGCACUAUUUAUUAUCAAAUCCUGCAAUAUGACCACAUUCCUUGAGUGACACAUUGAUCUUAUAUGUAUUGAUUACGUACAGAAUUGAUUGAUUAUUUAUUUGGACGACAGGGAAUGAGCUGAAGGAUAACACAACUGACAAUCCUCUUUGAAAUAUGUUUCAACUGUAGGACUGUUUUGUAUGAACACAUAACAGGAAUAGUUUUUGUUGUCUGUCCAUUCAAGUAUUUAUCCAUCUUGCUCUUUUUGUACAAUAGGCAUGUUAUGUAGCCAAAGAUUUUUAUUUUACCAUCUUUUCUCAAGGCUAUUGUGAUUAAUAUGCUUUUUGUAAAAUGUUGGUUAAUAUUGUUAUGUUAUUUAUUGGAACUAUUUAUUUAAUAAAUUAUUUGUAAAUUAAUUUAAAAAAUACUUUGUUUGAAUUGAUCAAAAGUAAUUAAGUGCCGUCCUCUUAUCGUUAAAAGAGGAUUCCAUUGACACCAUGCAACCAUUUUUACUGAUGUAACAGAAAGUGCCGAUCCAGUAAGUCAAGAGUACAGCUGCUCCCUGUGUGUUUGUACUGGUCCAUUCUGGAUCCCCUCGUCUAGUAAAGCCCUUGUUCCCUCUCAAUGGGCCAGUAAUGGCCAUCCCUCUGAUUGUCCACUACAAACACCCUGACCACUGUGUGGACACAGCAACCACCCCUGACCUCUGAACCCUUAUCUAGUGUCCGAGGACAGAGGGAAGGGAAGAGUAAAAGGACAGCUUAACUUGUGCCCUGCAGUCACACAGGUCACCAUGCAGUCAAACCCUGACCACUGACCCAACAAGCAGAUGUAGUACUGCUCAUCCUGAGGGUCUCCCAUGGGCUCUUGGUGUGUUUUUCAAAUCACAAAUCUUUGUAAGCAAAGUGAAACAGUGAAAUGCUUACUUACGGCCCUUCCAAACAAUGCAGAGAGAAAAAUAUAUAUAAAUAACACGAGGAAUAAAUACACAAUGAGUACCGAGUCGAUAAGCUGGGGUACGAGGUUAUUGACGUAGAUGCACUACAUGACCAAAAUUAAUAUGGAGUUGGUCCCCCCUUUGCUGCUAUAAUAGCCUCCACUCUUCUGGGAAGGCUUUCCACUAGAUGUAGGAAUAUUGCUGCGGGAACAAGAGCAUUAUUGAGGUCGGGCACUGAUGUUGGGCGAUUAGGCUUGGAUCGCAGUCAGCGUUCCAAUUCCAAUUUUGUUUGA